UGAUGCGGCCAGUAUCUCAGCCAACCCAGCUCCAUGGACGAUUCGAUUUCAACCCGGCAGGCAAGCAAGCAGGAUUCUCCAUUCAUUCUUUGUCUGCAGUGAGUCGAGUUCUGUCCUGUCCUGGUUCGGAUGAAUUCUUGAGUCCCACACAAGCAAUUGUAGUGUGUGGAUGAUUUUUGAAUGUGAAUGGGGCAGACGUCAUCCACCGCCUGUAUGAGUUCAACAACUGUAUCAUCUUCUUCCUCUUCUGACCCUGAUUCUGGUGACGAUUCCCCGCAGUCUUCUGUCCCGUCAUCCUCUCGACCUGUAGUCCGCUCUCAUAGAAGAUCGCUGCGUACAAUUCAAUCCGACAAUUCGGAAACUUCUGACGACAACUCGGGCGACUCUUCACCUCAUCGAAUCUCAUUCUCUUCUGACGAAGAGUCUAACGUAGAGGGAGGCCAGCAGUUGCCUGUUCCAAGGUCACUUUCAGGGAGUCAUACUCUGUCGUCUUCGUCAUCAUCAUUAAGCAGUUCUGACUCAGAUAACGACUUCUCCGUAACCAUGCCAUCAAGCACUGUGGACGACGGAGCAAACAGCCAACAAAGGACAGGGCGCGUCCGACGAGCUCCGCGUCGACUUGUAUCUGCUGCUUCAGAUGAGGGUGUGUUUGAACCACCAACCGUCAAUCUACAGAGACCACCAGCAACUGCGAUCCGGGUUCGAGGUAGACCUCGAGGAAGGCGUCCAACCGCUCCAAGGGCAAUAAUUGCCGUGCAACGAACUCCGUCUCCACGACUCGCCCCGAGUGCUGCAGCUACGGUCACCACUACUAUGGCAAGUUCUGCUCCAAUUCCUGCUAAUCCUGUCAACAAUGGCAUAGGGAUGAUGCAAAGGUUGUUAUCUGUUGCAUCGUCCGUCAUCAAUCAACAAGCUGCUGCUGCGGCUGUACGUGCUAUUCCGUCAACUGGUCCGGCUGUGAAUGUAGUCGCACCCCCAGACCCACCAAUAACUGCUACUACUUCUUCUACAGCAGCAGCAGUAGGAAAUGUUAACGCGGCUGUAUCAUAUUUCGAAUGUGUCGUGUGCCUUGAAAAUUUGGACUCGCCAGCGACAAUCUUGGAACCACUCCCAAGAACGGCGGUUUCAAACCAAGAGCUUGUCAUCCAUAUUCAAAAUCUUGGUAUUAUACCGAACUCUGCUGCUGGUGCUAGUGGGGGUGGUCCAGUUCAAGUUCAGGUGCAAUCUCCUCCUACCGUCCGACGAAGAACUGCUGCUGAAAAACGAGAGACUGCUCUGGCUGAGGUUGAUCCACGUGAGAUUUGUGCUACAAAUUGCGGUCACAUGUAUCACAAGUACUGUAUUCAAAAGUGGUUUAAUGAACAGGGUCGCAAAACGUGUCCUAGUUGCCGAAAGAAUGUGGGCACCAAGAUGAUUCGAUUAUUCCCAAAUGUUGCACAAGAUGCUCCAGGCCAAAUGGCAUCGCGAACAGGACUCGGUGACGCAGAUGUUGCGACUACUAGUACAACGGAUGGGAGCGGAGGUGUGGUCGUUGGUGCGCCAAGACGAAUGCCUAGGUCUGGUUGCGGAAAUGCAGCUUGUGCGGAUCUUGUCACGAUCCAUGGAACGUUGGUGUCUGACUACAACGCGUUGCGCGAACUCUACAAUACAGCCAAAGAUGAUUUGGAGGUUCGCAAAGCUGAGAUUGCAAGUCUUCAGGAUGGGUAUGAUAACCGGGGCCGGGAGUUGGACGAUCUCAGGAAUUCUGGUGCUGCUGCUGCUAACAAUGAACAUGCAUCAAAACGUCCUCGUCGUCGCUAAACUUUAAUUAAUCUCUAUUUACUCAUUUAUUCACUCUUUGUUCAUUUUGGUUAAUAUUAUAUUCAAAUGUGGCAGCAAAUGGAUUUGUGGCAUUGGUUUUAUUUUUACGAACACCUCUGCUGAAUCUAUUACUAAAGUAUUCCUUCAUUUAUCUUUUUUGCCUUAAUUCAGGUAUAUCUACUUUUAGUAUUACUUUUGUCCAUAACAUAUAAUUAUAUAACUUGCAAAAAUGUUGUUUAAUUCAUUGGAGUAUAAAUUGAAUUAUAUCUCUUAGUUUAUACGUAAGUACUAUUUAUUAUUACUACAUGCUAACUUUUACAUUUUUUCAAAUAACUUCUUAAAAAUGAUUACUCUAUUUAAUCUUUUGAACUGUAAAUGUGCCAUUUUUGAAGUUAGGACUGUUACUUGGAAGAAGAAAAGUUGAUUGAUUCUGUGUAUUACAAUAUUAAUUUAUACUUUUGGUGAUAAAAAGGGUGCAAAAUAUGACUCUGUUGAUGCGUGUACGUUCAGAUAUGUAUACUCAUGUGACGUCUAUCACCUACCACAAUAUUUACAUUACAUUCUGAUGUCAAGACUGAUGAUGAAACAAAUAAACGCUUAUUAAAAAUA